UCUUGCUUAAAAGAACCAUUCGGUGUGAGAGACGCCGUAAGUGCAUUUGAUUUUUCAGUCCUGAUGGUAUGAAGGUAGGAGGGGCAAGGGCGGAGUCAGGGACGUUUGUCUUUAGUCUAGUAAGUCUAGGAAACCUUUUUCGUGCAAACGAGCCUUUUUUUAUUGGGGCUGCCCCCUUUUUGUGCCUGGUAUAUGGUAGAGUUUUUCGCCAUAAUUAGGUUCUAAAUUGCGUGAAAACUGAUGAAAGAAUUGAGCAGCUUCGGAGUAAUUGGUUUUUUUAUUCCAUCCUUCUUCAACAAUUCUCCUUCCCCACCUCGAGAUCUCUACCUACUUCUCUGAUGGAGCGAUAAAUUGAGCGUCUGGUAAGAGGUGCAAUGAUAUCCUGGAUACCUACUUCCCCUCCUUAAAAACCCUGCAUAUAUCUGGUCUCAGCGAUAGAUGAGGACCAAUGACAUCCUGAACUAUCCGAUAUGACUUAUGCUAAUACAAUGUAGUUUUAUCUAUGUAUAACAUAAAAUUAGAAAAAUGUUUCGGUGUCUAGUUUUUUUAUGAAGAAAUGUAAUGGCUUUCGUUCUAAGUAGCACUUAAGGAAUUUUCCUUCUACGCAACGUUUUUGGUAACUGGAAUGUUGAAAUUGUUCCCAAAUCUUUGUUUUAAAUAUUAGAAGUUUUGAUUUUGAAUUUUGAUUCCAUUGUUUAAAGCUGAAUAAGCAUGAUUUCAUGUCAAUAAGUCAUGCAUAAACCCACUUGUUGACCCUCUAGGCUAGCGUCAUUAAAACAAUUCUUUGGUUAGUGUACACCAAGAUAUAAUAAAAUCUUGUAAUAUAUCUAUGAGUUAGAGCCUGAGGGAUUGGAGUGAUGUCUAGAGACUUCGUUUUCUUUUGUUCUCCAUGGUCAGCUCAUUGUUGUCAUGGCAAAUAUGUUGCGUGGCUACUAAUACGAGGUUUAGUGACUACUAUGGUUGGCUCUCGUUUUGACUCUGAUUACCGGAAAUCACACCCAACGCCAGGUGAUAGUGAAGUGCGUUGUGUAAAAUCGCCUCAGUGUAAAAUGGCGACCAGAAACGGUGCUGAGAGAGAAAUAAGGAGAAAUAAUGUAUUAUUUAAUUGUGUCGUUCCUGAUUCGGGAAGGCCGUUCUGCACUAGUGGGGAGAAAGAGUUGGAUGAGAUUAUUAUCAUACGUGUUGGUGGGAGAGAUCGUAAACGGGAAAAUGAAACGAGAAAGAAGCAAAACAGAAAAUCAAAGUUGUUUUACGUCAGCUGUGAUUAUCUUAAUAUGAACAAUCAAGAAGGAAACGAGGACAUAGACCUCGAGCAAAUGUUUGCAGGUCAUCCACUUAGCCAGGCCUGGGAACACAAUCAGCCGUUGUUCCCAGCAAUGUUGAAUCAAAAUCGGUCACACAGCCCGACUUCCACAGCGAGUCAGUCCGACUAUUCUUCAGAUGUCGAAUCUACAACGUCGUCUUCCUUUCGAAGACGUCCUGCGAAGCCGAAGAUACACCUCAGCUCUGCAAGUUUCAGUGACCUCGCUGCAAAGGAAGACGAAAUUCUUGUUUUGAAAUCAAACGGUCCUGUCUUGACUUCUGAUGAUAUCGUGACGUCACGUGUAAGGGAAAGCGAGGAUAACGGGAAGACUACAAAUCGCGUGUCCGAGCGGCCGGACAGCGCCGAUAGCAGUACGAGUUAUUUGAAUCUUGCAGAAGAACAUAUCGCGUCCAAAUAUCUCUCGGACGAAAACAAUGACCUGUCGCCCACUUCUGAACAUUCCAAGAAAACACUUUUUAAGCAAGAACGGGAAACAGAUAUAAAACAAGGCCACUUGCGAACUUACGAAGCAUUUCGAUCUAAUUCACCAACAUCUGUGUUACUGCAGCCAUUUUUCAGCCACCCCAUGACAGAGGAAAUAUUCCAUAUACUAGAAAAGGUUCGCGCCUCGAUAUCUCCUAAACUCUCAAGGCUACAGAAACUUGAAGAUGACCACAAACUGCUAGCUGUACUGCAGGUGAAACUUGCUGUUCUGCAGGAGGAGAAAAGGCAGCUUUUGAAUACAUUGAAACAAAGACGCAGCACCAGACAGAGCAUGUCUAGCAAUCACUCAAGCAAAACAUCGUCACCGCUUUCUUCUCCUGUGAGCUUUCAGUCCGAAAAUGACGAUGCAUUUAUCAUUCGGCCCAGUCCACAUCGCGUAAAAGCGAACAAAAUGACACAGACCUGUCUUGAUGAUGAUUGUGACAAUGCUUUGUCUUGUCCCCUAUGCGGAAAUGUGAAAAUAAUGACGCAAGAUGAAGAAACAUCAUUAAAGGCCAAAGGUAUUUUCAGUGGAGGCAAAAACGAGAAUUCCGAACAGGAUAUGAAAAACGGUGUAAAUUCGAAUGUCGAAUUUCAAGAGAAAUUAUUAACUCACGAUGUCGAAACUAACACCGUAAACGCGAAACUUGUCGAAACGGCGAUCGGAGACGCAAAUGUUUUCGGUAGUGGUACUGACGCAAGCACUGAAACCAUCAAGAGACGUGUAGCGGAUUUCGCCAUUGGGAGUGGUUUGGCAGAAUUAUCGUUUAGUGAUGUCUCAACACAAGACUCGGUUGAUUUAACUGAUGUUUCCUCUCAAUACGAUGAAUUAAUUUACGAGAGUAAGUCCAUUUUAGUUGGAUGUCCUAGUUGCGAGUUUGCAUCUGUGGCACUUCAAUGUUCACCAGCUUUGCAAGACGCAUCUUUCGGUGAUGAUAUUGCAGAGAAGCUGUAUGCUGACAAUGAAACCCAAAGUGGUAUGCCUGUUUGCGACAAAUCCGUUAGUUGUAUUGCCAGUAUGGUUGAUAAUGAUAUGAUGUGUGGAUGUGGUUUCGCAGAUCAAACCUCGGUUAGCUUACAGGCCUCGGUUUCGACACAUGAUUUCUCGUGCGGCGAUGGUGUUGCUUGGCUAGAUACCUCAGGAGUCUCCUGUCAAGCUUCAACUGAACACAGAACUUUUGCAACGAGCCCUGUAGAAUGGGAAGUGGAUGAGACAGGAGUGCAAUGCAAUUUAGAUAAAAAGACGUCACAUACCAUUGGAGUUGGAGAGGGCAAAGUCGAAGAUGUCGUUUGCGAUACCUGUUUAAAUAGACAAUGUGCCUCUGUAGGGGUCGGAUGCUAUAACCAAUUAAAUUUAGGAUUCAAACCGAGCGGAAUCGGUAAUGAUAAUUUAUGCAGAAUAGAUGAUAAUUUAUGUGAUUGUGCGGAAGUGGACUUGUGUGAAACUGGUGUAGGUGACUGCCCAGUGGAUAAUGUCGUAUGCGAUAUUUGUCUCAAUCGGACAUCCGAAUCAGUCGGUUGUGGAGAUGGCAGGAUCGACGACUUGUUGUGUGACGCUUGCAGUAAUCGGCGAUUAGAAUCGCGUGGAUGCGGCGACGAUGACGUGAAUGUUGUACUGUGUGAGGAAUGUGACAGGAAAGGUGAACGCAAGGAAAUAGGUGUCGGGGAGGAUUCUAUUAUCGAUGUCACUUGCGAUAAAUGCCUAAAUCUGAACAAUGUGUCAGGUUUCGUUAACCUGAGUUUGUUGGAGGGCGACGACCAAUCGAAUCCGCAGACGCUGGUUUACAACAGCCAAAAUGGCAGUAACUCACCGCUAAAUGAAAAUGGAGUUUCUGAUAACAACAACCAGAGGCAAAGGCUCUUGUCGGAUUCUUCUCAAGGUGAUUUUUGUGAGGAAGUAUCGAAAAUCAUGGCCAACAGUACCAUGUCUUGGCAGAUGGAGCAAAAGCCGGUGAUUUGUAAUUACUGUGGCAACAAAGUCGAUUUGAAUGAUAGCAAUUUAGACACUGCUUUGGUGGAAAUGCGGAAUAAUUUUGCAUCAUAUAAAAGAAAUGGCCUCCAAGCUGCAUCGGGUGUGGAUAAUCUUUCAGAUUACGUAAAUAUCGAGGGAACUGAAGACAAUGUCAACGGGGACGAUUUAUCGGGAUCGGAAGUGUCGGAAGAAGAAGAGGAGCAAAGCAUCAAAAACGAUAUUGUUGAUUCUUGUAAAAUGCUGCAGCAACAUCUUUCUGGUGAAAAGCCCCUCAAGCAACAGUUAAUGCUGAAAUACCUAGCAAAUGUUGAGAAUCUUUGGUUUCAAACGGUGAAAAAGAAGAGAGCGAAUGCAGCUGUUGUUAAAAGCUAUAUUGAUCUGGUUCAAAGUCGCAUUCCUCAACUGCUCGAUACGAUUAUCAAUCUCGCAGACCAAGAUGGUAACACGGCAUUGCAUUUUGCAUUGACGUACAAAAACACUGGAGUUGUGAGCAUCUUGCUUGACUCUCAAGAAUGCAAUGUCGACAUCAUCAACAAGGCUGGUUAUUCACCAAUAAUGUUGGCUGCUUUAGCUGGAUUUGACAGCAAAACAGACAAAUAUGUAAUGCAGCGAUUGUUGCGUGCAGGAGACAUCAAUGCAAAGAACAGAGAGACCGGGCAAACUCCACUCAUGUUUGCAGUCAGCCGUGGCCACGCUGGAAUGGUGGAUUUACUGUUGGAUGCAGGGGCGGAAAUCAACGAAGCCGAUAAUGACGGUUCGACGGCAUUGAUGUGUGCUUGUGAAAAUGGCAGUAUGUCUCUUGUUAAGACUUUGCUAUCAAGUCCAGAUUGCGACCCAGCCAGGGAAGACCACGAAGGAAGUACUGCUCUCAGCAUAGCAAUGGAUGCAAAAAGACGGGAUCUCGCAUUGCUUAUUUACGGAAGUUUGAAUUUUGAUGCCCGGGGAAGAAUUAAGCUGACACCUUCAAAACAAUCUUUACUUGGACUUGGUACAAGAAGAUCACCGUCACCAGCAGUUGGAAAACUAUGAUUUUUGACGCAGGCAUCUACUCAUGCAGACAUCUAUUCAUCUACUGAUUUAUUUUGGACAGUGUAAUCAUCAAAACCCUGGAAUAGACGACCAUGAGGUUGGGACUAGGUCGUGUCUGUUUAGUACUUAUUGAAUCAAAGCCUCUUAAUUUCCUACGAUAACAGUAUAGAAAUGUUUGUGUUAAGCAUAGCAUAAGUAGAGCGGAUAUGUUGGAAACUCUUGCUCGUUGGCCCGUGUGUCGUCAUAAAAGUUUUCUCCAGCAGACGCCGGCAAUAAAGGACCUAUGUUUGUGAAUGUGAUUUUUAGCUUUUGUUUUUAUACUGGCCCAACUUUGCACUUACCCAGUCUUGAUGGUGGUAUAAUUUACAUUGCUUUCUCUGGCACAGAUGGUGGAGUAAUUUUAGGGCAAGCAGAAGUAAGUAUACAAAGUUCAGAUUGUUGUUCAAUAGACUUUAAACUUUCAGUCACCCCUCUAAUUUUUAUUUUCAAAUCACCCUUCCCCCAUUUUUUUUAGCUUUAACGUUUUACUAGAUGAUGGUUGGGAACAGAUGGAAUUUUAGCACUGGUGCCCUUUUUUCGUCUGUGGGUUCAUGGAAUGAUUUAAUAUUAUGUUAGUGGGAUGCAAGACUCUUAAUUACCAGUACCUUUAGUACUAUAGUUUUUGUUGUACUAUUCACAUUUCCCGUAGCUUUCAUGUUUCCUGUUGCCACAAAACAUGGUUUAGAAAUCUGCCUGUUAUUUGCGUUUCUUUGUCAUUUCCAUCUUGCAACCAAAACAAAGCACAGCUUGAGACAGCGGGGUGUCAUUACAAAAACCACAACAACAGUUUUAUAAAAUGUAAUAAAAAUCAGCUUUUCGUCCUGUACCAUACAACUUAAUUCAUUUACGUAAUUCCGGUAGAUUGGUAAUUAUUUGACACUUACAACUCAGUGAGUCUUUCCAUUUGUGUAAAUUAAUUAUGUUUCGUUCGCAUAUUUAUUUAGAUGCAAAUCAAAGCAGCUGUUAAUAGAAUUUUAUUUGAUUUUGUUUUGAAUAUUUAGGCUUUGUUAUUAACUUGGUAAUGAUGAUUAUCGUGUGGUUUAACUCGAAUUUGAUCCAACAGAUUUGAUAAAUUUUGUAAUACCGAAUUGAUGUGCUUUUGGGAUUUGUGUAUCCUUAGAUCUAAUCUCAGAUUUAGAGUAGAUGUGGCUCGUAUUAAUAAUUCUAGUAAUGAAUCGUUAUAAAAUCCUA